AUGAAUGACAAAUGUUUGUUUGGUUUAUUUUUAUUCGCUUCAUUAGAAGCAGAUAUACUUUUAUUGGUCGCUUCCGAUAUGCUUGCCUUAAGUUGUGGUGUAAAAAUGCGGUUAAAGAUAUUUGUUUCGUCAAAUCCAGAGAGACAACCUUCUGAUAAUCCUUAUCCAAUGGCUUAG